AUGAGUGCGUCUGCAGCAACUAUAGGAUCGAGGCCAGUGGAACUGCCGUGCCUCGGACGCUGCAGCAUAACAUCAAAGAAGGCGAAGUUCCCUUCGUACCUGACUAUUCUAAUCUCCCAUUGGUCAACUCAACUCAACCCUCAGGCUGAUGUGCUUCCAUGGAACCACGUUGAGCGAGUCGCAGGGCUGGCACAUCACGACAUCUUGAUUGACAACACUUUGAGGAGGAAGAGUGAAAGAAUCUUUCGCGGGAUGCGAGAGUUUACAUCGAAGCGUGAUAAUGCUCGAUCGACUUCAGCGUACAUCUCUCUCAUCUUGUUGUUGUUCUCUCUCUCUCUCAUCCCAAUCCGGACAGAGCAAGAUGAUGAAAGAAUCUUUGUUGCCUCGUCACCCUCCUCCUCCUCCACAGCAGCAGCAAUCAAUCAUCAUGUCCCAAGACCUAAAACUAAAACCAAAAUGUCACCACCCCAUCGCCCGGCAUCAGGUGGAAAUCGCUCCACCACCACCCACCUCCGCUCCAAUGCCCUGAUGCAAAAAAUCACAAAACCCGCCGCAGCGGGGAGUGUAGUAGAUAGGACCGAAGCGGUGGCACAAUUGAGUCAUGUGGAGUACACUGCGGAAUUUUUCGGAACUCUGGCGUCGCAGACGAGGAGUUUGAGGAGGAGGUUAACGGGAGGGGGGGAGGAGGAUGUGGAUGUGGAGAUGGGGGAGAGAUCGCCAGGUCGUCGUCGUCGUCGAUAUCCGUGCAGGUUACGGGUUGAGAAUGGAAGGAUUUCACGACCGUAUUCGGGGCGUCCACGUUCGGAGAUAUAUAAUUACCGAGAGGUGUUGUCGCCGGUGGAACGGCUUCCGCCGCGGGCUCCCGUUUUUGAGGAGUCGGGGUCGGAGUUGGAGGAUGAUGGGGAGAUCACGGCGGUGUUUGCCUAUACGGGCUUUCUGGCGGAAGCUGAUGAUCGGAUUGAUCCUAGGACGGGAUUUGCGGUGCCGCCUCCAUGGAUCAGGUUCAAGUACAGUCGCGAAGGGAAGGCUGUGAUUAAGGGUUACAGAGAGGACUGGAGAGGUUUGGAAGACUUUUUGCCGCCGCAUCCUUGGGCUGGAGAGGGUGGGAGGUAUGGAAAUCAGUGCUCACGAAGCACCGCGAGCGCCGAAGGCGAGGAGGGUGCAGACGCCUGGCUGGGCCGUAGUGCCGAGAUGCAGAAUAAUGAGAAGUUCCCGAUGCGGACAGGCUUUUCAACACUUUCUUUGUGCGUCAUGAAUUUCCGCAUCCGGCGUGUAAGCUUGCACAAUAGCCUGGUCGGCUUUGUCUCCAUCAAUACAAGAUGUAUCAUCGUUGCAGAGGAUUCGCAGCCGCUCUCCCAUUCACCACAUACCACGAUGCAGUUCAAGGACGACGACGACGAGAUGCUCCCGCUCGGCCGCGAGCCGAGCCAACACCUACCUUCCUGGAGAAGAAGAGGACCAAGAGCUCCUGAGGACGGAUUCGGGCUUCGACCUGCGUACUUUUCGCGUGAAUACAGUACCUGGUGGGAGAAGGCCUACGGAUUUCCCAUCGGGAGUGUUGACGUAGCUUGCCGACACCACAUCGGCGGGUCCACAUAUGAACAGGUUCUGGAGAAGCUGAUUGAACAUCAGACUGACUUUUGUAGGCACCAUGGCAUCGAGGAAGACGAAGACGGAAGUCUUCUUUAUCCACCAGCGGAAAUUCUUGGUACCAAAGCGUUCAAGGCCAAGAUGGAAAAGCAGAAUGAUCCAAACGCCAGGCGCAGGAAGAGGAACGAGGAACUCCGAACGCAACGAGAAUUUGAGGAGUACGAGGCGCUAAGACGACCACCAACGCCACUCGAUGAGGUUCUCCGACAAAUCAGAGAGGAAGAGAUCAAACACGAUGUGGCGGAGAAAGCUGCCGCCAAUGGAUCCGCUCCGAAGGUCAGGGCAAGACUCAACACCAAUAACAUUCCCCAGCAAACAGGACAGCCGGGCGGGAACCAGCGUCGUUCGCCAGAGCGGCCUCCACCCACAUACAGUCCUGGGUACCAGCGUCGUUCGCCAGAGCGGCCUCCCCCUACAUACAGUCCUCCUCGUGGGACACCACCAUCCUACGCUGCGGCUCACGGCAUCAGACGCCGAGGUGCCCUUGCGGUCCGUCGUCCUCGGGGAAUACUAGGGCCUCCACGCAUUCCAACCCCAGAAUUUGAGCGAGUAGAGCAUCCAAACUACGACUCCGACGACUUCUUGGCAGAGCCGGCUGAAGAGACAUACCCGACUGGAACCGGUCGCUACGACAAUGAUUUCAAUGGUCUGAGACGCAGCAAUGCCGUUCGCCGGCCAGUCCAGUAUUCUGGAAUCAGGACUGCAUAUGAUCCUGCUCCUCCUCGCGACAAUGCCAUGUCCAGACCGGUGAGAAGGUCUCCAUCAUGGGAACGAAACUCGCCCUACGGCAGAAGGUCCAGUAUUCAGAGGACACCGCCGCGGGUCGAAGUGGUCCCCGACAAUAUCCCAAGGUUGUUCGGCUACGACGGGCCACCACGCACGCCGCAACGCGCUUUCAGUUAUCGUCGAACUCCACCUCCGACGCCUCAAGCAGAACACGUGAGACGUGUCCCGAGUGAUGAGAUUGCUGUUCGCCGCAGCCGAAGCUUCAGUCCCAGCCCACCGAGCUCUCCAACCAGGGGUCCUCCGCGUCGCAGCAGGCGUAUUGCUGCUGGUCGUGUCCAGAAGAGGUCGCCAUAG